GCGGAGAUGUGGCUUGAUGUUUUUGAUGGACGCUUGCUUAUCGGAAACAUGAGAGAUUAGACCAAUAUAUUAAGAGUACUUAUUCAGGUUCUUCAAGCAUCGACCAGAAGAUGAAGUGUGGCCGCGUGCUGAUAUCUGUUGUUGGGGGAUGUACUGUCGUGUGUGAUGUUUGCGAAGGACGCUUCGAUGGAGUAGAAUCAUUCACGAAUCAUUUGAAAACAUCGCAUUCGGACUAUGGUUUACAGAGCGAUGGCUGGGGUAAAAUUACCGUCAAAGAAGAAACGACUUGCCAAGACGAAAUCGAAGACCAAGGUAUCAAAAACCGCUCGAAAAUAUUAAGGAAACACACUGCGAUCAUUACCACUGACCCCCCCAUCUAUGACGAAAAGAGACUCUUUUGUAUUACAUGCGAUCAUCAAUUUAACUCCAGAGAGGGAUUCUUGCAUCAUAAGUCUUAUCAUAAGAAGCGAUUAUGUAAACAAGGAACGACCCAUUUGGAGCAUGACAACCAGGAGGACGUUCGGAGCGAAUUUACAGUGGAAAAUGGACAUUAUAUAGAGGAUUACGAAGUCCAAGAUUCAGUAUGUAAUCCGGCAAGUGACUAUAUGGCUCAGGAUGAUGAUACAAUGGAGACAGAUUGCAACAAUCAGGACGACUCAAAUUGCCUUAGCGAUGAUUGUCCACUUCCAAGCAGCGAAAGGAGGCAACUACAACCAUCAACUAACGUCAUCAACAGCGGGCAUCAAUUGAAUUCAAAGCAUACAUUCAAAGAUCAUAAACAAAUUCAUGGAUCAAAACUUGAAAAACGGAAGAUCACCGAGGAAUUGGAAGUAAGACCAGCGCAUGUAAAAAUGGUGUUUUCUGAAAAUCCCAUUUUCGACAAUGAGAACAAUUUUUGUAUCACCUGCAAUCAUAAAUUCUCUACUAAAGCCGUUUUUAAGACUCAUAAACAUAAACAUAAGGUGAAGAUUCUAGAAAAGCAAGGCGUUCCGAGACCCGAGGCAAAAUUUUCAUGCGAAUUAUGCUCCCAAAGAUAUAAAUCAAAUUUUACUUUAAGACAGCACUAUGUAAUUGGUCAUGGAGACACGAUUCCGCCAUCUCUUAAGAACGAUCCCACAUACCUCAGGUGUCGGUUUUGUCAUAAACAAUUUGAAAAACCAACCGAACGUUACGAACAUGAGAAAAGUCACGCUACUGAAGAAAGGCCGUUCAAAUGUUCGAUAUGUCCGAAGGUUUUUACCACUAACUUAAAUCGUGAGUAUCACGAAUCAAUUCAUAAAGAUCAGCCUUCUCGGAGUCCCGAAUCUUUUAAAAUUCAUAAAAAGAUUCAUAGACCAAAAGUUGAAAAAUCGGAGUCGUUCAAGGGAUUGAAAGCAGGACAUACGCCAGUUAGAGUCGUGUUUACUGAAAACCCUGAAUUCGACAAUGCGGAAAACUUCUGUAUCACUUGUAAUCAUAAGUUCUCCUCUAAAGGCGUUUUUAAGGCUCAUAAAUAUACACAUAGAGUGAAGAUUCUUGAAAAGCAAGGGGCAGUGAGGCCUGAGGGAAGAUUGUCAUGCGAAUUAUGCUCCCAACGAUAUAAAUUAAAUUUUACCUUAAGACAGCAUUAUGUGAUAAGUCACGGAGAUACGAUUCCGCCGUCUCUCAAGGACGAUCCCACAUAUCUCAAGUGUCGAUUUUGCCAUGAACAAUUUGAAAAACCAACAGAACGUCAUGAGCACGAGAAAAGUCACGCGAGAGAUGAAAGGCCGUAUAAAUGUUCUUUGUGUCCGAAAUUGUUUACGACUAGCACGAAUCGUGAGUAUCACGAAUCAAUUCAUAGUGAAGACCCUUCUCAAGCUCUUAAAAAUUUAAAACUUCGUGAAAAGAUUCGUAGAUCUAAAAUUGAAAAAUUGGCGGCGAUCAAGGGAUUGAAACAUGGACCAACGCCAGUUAAAAUGGUGUUUUCUGAAAAUCCCAAAUUCGACAACACGAAAAACUUCUGCAUCACCUGCAAUCAUAAAUUCUCUACUAAGGCCGUUUUUAAGACUCAUAAAUAUAAACAUAGAGUGAAGAUUCUUGAAAAACAAGGCGUUCCGAGACCCGAGGGAAAGUUUUCUUGCGAAUUAUGCUCGCAACGAUAUAAAUCAAAUUUUACUUUAAGACAACAUUAUGUAAUAGGUCAUGGAGAUACGAUUCCGAAGUCUCUCCAAGACGAUCCCACAUACCUUAAGUGUCGAUUUUGUCAUGAACAAUUUGAAAAACCAACGGGACGUCAUGAACACGAGAAAAGUCACGCUAGAGAUGAAAGACCGUAUAAAUGUUCACUCUGCCCCAAACUGUUUACGACUAGCACGAAUCGUGAAUAUCACGAAUCACUUCAUAAAGAGCACCCUUCACACGGUUCCAAAAAAUUCAAAAUUGAUAGAAAGAUUGAGAGAUCAAAAGUUGAAUCGGAAGCAGGGAAACCGCGAGUUAAAUUGGUGUUUUCCGAAAACCCCAAAUUCGACAAUGCGAAAAACUUCUGUAUUACCUGUAAUCAUAGAUUCUCCUCUAAGGGUGUUUUUAAGGCUCAUAAAUAUACACAUAGAAUGAGGAUUCUUGAAAAGCAAGGCGCAGUGAGGCCCGAGGGAAGAUUGUCAUGCGAAUUGUGCUCCCAACGAUAUAAGUUAAACUUUACCUUAAGGCAGCAUUAUGUGAUAAGUCACGGAGAUACGAUUCCGCCGUCUCUCAAGGACGAUCCCACAUAUCUCCAGUGUCGAUUUUGUCAUAAACAAUUCGAAAGACCAACAGAACGUCAUGAGCACGAGAAAAGUCACGCUAGAGAUGAAAGGCCUUAUAAAUGUUCUUUGUGCCCGAAGUUGUUUACGACUAGCACGAAUCGUGAGCAUCACGAAUCACUUCAUAUAGAUCAUCCUUCUCACAGUUCCAAAAGUUUCAAAAUUCAUAGAAAAAUUCUUAGAUUAAAAGCUGGAAAAUCGAAGGCGGUCAAGGGGUUGAAAGCAGGAUCAACGCCAGUUAAGAUGGUGUUUUCUGAAAAUCCCAAAUUCGACAACGCGAAAAAUUUCUGCAUCACCUGCAAUCAUAAAUUCUCCACUGAGGCCGUUUUUAAGACCCAUAAAUAUAAACAUAGAGUGAAGAUUCUUGAAAAACAAGGCUUCCCAAAGCCCGAGGGACAAUUGUCAUGCGAAUUAUGCUGCCAACGAUAUAAAUCAAACUAUACCUUAAGGCAACACUACGUAAUAGGUCACGGAGACACGAUUCCGCCAUCUCUCAAGAACGAUCCCACGUACCUCAAGUGUCGGUUUUGUCAUAAACAAUUUGAAAAACCAACCGAACGUUACGAACACGAAAAAAGUCACGUUACAGAAGAAAGACCAUUUAAAUGUCCAAGAUGCCCGAAAUUGUUUAGGACUAAUUUUAAUCGUGAGUAUCACGAAUUAAUUCAUAGAGAUCAGCCUUGUCGCAGUCCCGAAUCUUUCAAAGUUCAUAAUGAGAUCCAUAGACCAGAAGUUGAAAAAUCGGAGACGGUCAAGGAAUCGGAAGCAGGGCAAACGCGAGUUAAAGUUGUGUUUUCUGAAAACCCCAAAUUCGACAAUGCGAGAAACUUCUGUAUCACCUGUAAUCAUAAAUUCUCCUCUAUAGGCGUGUUUAGGGCUCACAAACAUACACAUAGAGUGAGGAUUCUUGAAAAGCAAGGCGCAGUGAGGCCCGAGGGAAAGUUGUCAUGUGAAUUAUGCUCCCAACGAUAUAAAUUAAACUUUACCCUAAGACAGCAUUAUGUGAUAAGCCACGGGGAUACGAUUCCGCCAUCUCUCAAAGAUGAUCCCACAUAUCUCAAGUGUCGAUUUUGUCAUAAACAAUUUGAAAAGCCAACAAUGCGUCAUAAACACGAAAAAAGUCACGCCAGAGAAGAAAGGCCCUAUAAAUGUUCUUUGUGCCCGAAGUUGUUUACGACUAGCACGAAUCGUGAAUAUCACGAAUCAAUUCAUAAGGAUCUCCCUUCUCACAGUCCCGAAUCUUGUGGAACUGAUUCAAGCCAAACCGUACAGGGUACCGAAUCGCAGCCGCAAUUGCAAUCAAAUGAACUAGAGACUGCCUGCCAAACAAGUAUACCAAUUGUGGCGGUAGAUGAGAAUGUUUGUGACCAAAGAGGACCAGAGAAGAGCGACGAACUGAAAAUCAAGGGCAGUUCAAAGAUAUUCGAAUUUGCGCCCGAAAUCGAUGAAGAAAGCUAUUUUUGCACGACAUGCAAUCUUCAAAUGGCUUCAAAAGAAACAUUCAAAUUUCAUAAAACGAGCCAUGAACACCAAAUUCAGGAACGAAAUCACCUUAACAAAUGGAAAGAAAAGAAAACAAGAAUCGUGACUUCUAAUAAUCCCAAUUUUGAUGACGAUAAACAAUUUUGUAUAACAUGCAAUCGGGGAUUUUCCACAAUAGCAAGUUUUAACACUCAUAAAGCAACACAUAAAAAACUGAUUCGUCAAAGACAAGGGAUUCAUCCCAAAUACCCGACUUCAUGCGAAUUUUGUACCAAACAAUUCCGGUCAAUACCUAUUUUAAGGCUACACGUUGUAAAAUAUCACGGAGAUGAAAUUCCAACGAUUUUCAAAGACGAUCCAACGUAUCUUAAGUGUCAAUUUUGUAAUAUCCAAUUUGAAAAAGCAACAACGCGAUAUCAACACGAGAAAACCCAUAUAAAAGAAGAUAAGCCGUAUCGAUGUUCAUUAUGCUCGAAAACUUUCUCCACAAGAUUUACACGCAACUCUCACCAAUCCACUCAUUGAAAGCUUUCGGACUAGACAGAAGCGGUCUUGCACCUUAAUAGGCGGGGCCAAACAGGGCUCGGUUGGAAAAUGCUGCGGAAGAUGGGAAAACAUCCUUUGGUGACGAGAGUAGUUUUCAAAUCAAAACAGAGCGAGAGGAUGAAGCGGAACUGAAAGGCAGACCCUCAACCAAAUUUAGAAAAAUACUUCUGUAUCAGUUGCAAUCAUAAAGUCUCCUCUGAGGUUGGGUUCAACUAUGAAAAGCAAAGCAAAGUAAUGACCGAACAUUGUCUUGUGAAGCACGUUCCGCAUGAUACAGAACAAACGUUCUCUGAACUCUUGGGCUCCGCGGAGCGGCCACUGAUACCUACCUACCUACCCUUGUGUUACCACCCGGGUACCUCAACCAUCUUAAAUCCUCUCGGAUCUUCACGGUUGGAUCAAUUUCCUAUCGAAUUGUGUAUUAAGCAUUUUCAAACUUUUUUUAAUUAAGCACGCGGGUACCGCUAUACAAAAUUCAUGUCAUUCAUGUAUUAUAUUAUAAAGUGAAAGUGUUUCUAGACAAAAAAGUGUACAAUUAUUAAUAAAUAAGU